AUGUUGCUAUGCGUUGUUGUCACCUCGCCGAUGCCGUCGGUUACGGUAUCCAGCCCGAUGUCGCACAUUGGUGCUACAAGUGAGCACGUGUGGGCGGAUAGCUCGCUCGCUUCUCUCAUAAUGCCUUAUUGCAAUGCAUCGAACUUCCAGCAUGCUGUUAUGCCCGAUUUGGAAUUGCGUCCCACAUUCCGAAAAAUGGAGCACAUCACAGUCAAAUUGGUCGAUGAGGAAUUAUGGAAGUUGUUCAACCCCGAUAUUGAGAUGAUUGUUACAAAACGAGGAAGAAGUAUUUUCCCGAAACUCGAUUAUUACGUCUCUGGAUUGGACCCGAAUGCCUAUUACGUGUUCCAAUUGAAAAUGGAGCGUGUCGAUGAUAUUAAAUAUCGCUUCGAUCAAGGUGUUUGGCACGAAGCCAGCAGAGGAGAGCCGCGUGUUCCGGAAACCAUCAUCAGACAUAGCGAAGGAUUUCGUCGCGGCGAAGAAUGGAUGAAGACGACGGUCUCAUUCCAUAAAGCUAAAAUUACUAACAAUCCAGCUGACGUUCAGCCACUUCAUAUUCUUGUUCAAAGCAUGCACAAGUACAUUCCAGUGCUCAUCAUCAUCAAGAUGGGUAGCACCGAAAACGGCAUCGACGUUCCAGCGUAUCAACAGGAAUUCCGUUUCCCGUCCACGCAAUUCAUUGCGGUCACCGCUUAUCAGAACCAUCGAAUCACUCAGCUCAAAGUGAAACACAACAAAUAUGCUCGCGGCUAUCGCACCGAGAAUGGCUUGAAGCGUCAACGCGCCGAUGCUUCCGACGAGGAUAAUUCUCGUCCGGCGAAGAUUGCCGCUCCGGCGAUUCCGCCGAACUCUCAUAUGCAGCUCAUCGUUCCGCCGCCAAUUCCGGAUGCGGCCCAUCAUAUGGCAUUCAAUCAGGUUCCGAUUGGCGGACCGCCUGUCAUGCUCGGUCAGCCCGUGUACUCGAAUCCGGCGACGCCGCCAGAAGAAAACAAAUCGAACGAGCCGGAGGCGAACGAGGUCAAUGCUCAAAUGCACAACAAUUUCUAUGGUCAAUACCCGCCGUUCGACAUGGCGGCUUAUUAUGCUCCACAGCAAGGAUAUGGCUACAACCCGCAGCAAAUAGGCUUCGGCUAUCAUUGCAAUAGUUUCCCAUCUUUCGCUCAACCAUUUGAUCCAAGAAUUGAAAUCUCUCCAGAUUCAUCGUAUCACUCACCAUAA